AUGCGUUUCUCCGCCAUCAUCUUCCUCACACUCGCAGCCGCCGCUCAAGAGGCCGUCGCGGCUUCUUGCCGAAUUGCCGACUUCAAGAGCGAUUGCUGUUGGGGAGGGUCAAACGGACAAGAUGCCUGCUUGAGGCAACGCGGCGGCGCAAACGUGUGCAGAAGCCCGGGAGAAUCGAGCAACUUCUGCCGGAAUGUGAACAAGGCGGGCACGCAGACGAAAGUCAGUGCGACUUGCAAUGCUGAUUGCUGCGAUACGAACACUGGUUUCGGAAUCGGGUGCCCGAAGUAG